AUGAUAAUUCUACACUGGUUAAAGAGAUCACCCGACGCGCUCAAGGUAUUUGAAUCAAAUCGUGUUAGAGAAAUUCAAGAAAUCUGUAGAGACGCCGAAUGGCGACAUGUUAGAUCGGAAAACAACCCGGCCGAUGCCCUAUCACGUAGCCAACUUCCGCGAGAAUUUUUGAGAAACAAAUCUUGGUUUAACGGACCAUCAUGGCUCAGACGAUCCGAAAACAACUGGCCAACAUCCCUCGAAGUUCCGAUUAAAGAAUUACCUGGUUUAAAGAAAGGCAUAUGUUUAAUUUCGCAAACUUACUCAGAUGACAUUUUUCUAAGAUUUUCAUUCUACACGCGAAUGAUUCGAACUAUCGCGUAUUGCUUACGAAUGUCACCAUCAAAACGGGCUAAAGGCGCGCUAUCAAUACAGGAAAUAAUAGAAGCCGAAACCCGAAUAUUACAGAUCAUCCAAGGAACGCGAUUCGCGGACGAAAUCAAACGCAGAUCGAAUUCGAAGGAAAUAAAGGGCACAAGAUUAGCGUCAUUAAAUCCGAUAAUCGACAAUAACAAAUUACUUCGCGUCGGCGGCAGGCUGCAGAAUGCAAACAUUCCUCUUGCACAAAAACAUUCGAUAUUGUUACCUUCACAUCAUCAUGUAACAGAUUUAAUUAUUCGCGAGACCCACGAGAAAAAUCAUCAUCCGGGCAUUCAAUCCACCCUAUAUACAAUUCGCCAUCGGUUUUGGCUUCUCGACGGAAAAAAUCAAGUACGCAAAAUCGUUCGACGUUGCGUACGCUGCAUUCGAUUUCGCGCAACACCCGUAGAAUAUAAAAUGGCAAAUUUACCGAAAGCCAGAGUCGAAGAUAACGUCACCCCAUUUCAUCAUACGGGCGUUGAUUUUUUUGGUCCCAUGUUUAUCAAGGAAAAGAAAUAUCGAAAUCGAAACCGCAUAAAAGUAUACGGCUGCGUGUUUAUUUGCAUGUCGGUAAAAGCCGUGCACAUCGAGAUCGUCAGCGAUCUCACAACAGAAGCGUUUCUCGCAGCGUUAAAACGAUUCAUAGGACGAAGAAGUAUACCCGCUCACAUUUAUUCAGACAACGGGACUAAUUUCGUAGGCGCGAACAACCAAUUACGCGAAUUAUACGCAUUAUUCAAAUCCGACGAGUUUAAAACACAAAUUGACGAGUUUGCCACAUCCAAGAAAAUUUCUUGGCACUUCAAUCCACCACUUUCACCUCAUUUCGGAGGCAUAUGGGAAGCGGCAGUCAAAUCGUUUAAACACCAUCUAAAACGAGUAGUAGGCGAUCGUUUAUUCAUAUACGAAGAAUUAAACACCUUGGCAAUAGAGAUUGAGGCUAUAUUAAAUUCAAGACCUCUGUGUCCGAUAUCCACCGAUCCAAAUGAUCCUAUAGCAUUAACACCCGCUCAUCUGCUAGUAGGGCGACCCUUCACGAUGCUGCCGGAAAAUGAUUAUACGUCUGUUCCAGAAAAUCGCCUAACAUCCUGGCGAUUAAUAACCAAGGCCCGCCAGGAUUUUUGGAGCAGGUGGCAUAUUGAAUACCUUAACGAGUUACAAAAACGGCAGAAAUGGAUUGGUUCCGACACCGGAUUACAACAGGACGCGGUGGUUAUCCUAAUUGACAAGGACCAGCCGUGUAUGCGAUGGCCGCUGGGGCGUGUUGUGGAAACUCACCCCGGAAAUGACGGCAUGAUCAGAGUCGUUACCGUCAAGACGGCUCAAGGAACCUUCCAACGCAACGCUAAACUAAUUUGUCCGCUGCCAAAUGUUUCGUGAUUCGAUAUUAUAUUCGAUAUUAUUAUAUUCGAUAUUAUUAUAUUCGAUAUUAUUAUAUUCGAUAUUAUAUUAUUCAAUAUUACUACAUGCGAUCACCUUGCUCACAAAUUGGAUAUGCGCUUAUUUUGAUCGCUACACUCUCAAGAGGGGGAGGAUGUUCCGCGUAUUUUUAUUUUAUUCUAAUUUAUUUGCGGAACAAACAAUUAACUUUAUUUUGUAACAAACAAUUAUUUAGUUGGUCGAAUUCAAUUAUUUUAUUUUUCUUUCGUGACCGAUGUAACUGCGCGCAUGAGGCGACAUGAUGGGUGAUGGCGCGCGUAUCGGACGGUCGAUGAGAGCAGUCAAUAUCGACUCGAGAUAUAUCGAUUCUACGCGAGGGUCGACGAUUUAGCCGAGAUUCGGAAGCGCCGCGAGAGGGGAUAAAUAGAAGGGCAAGGGCCCGUUUCACUUCACUUCUUCCGUGUACGCGAUCGCGAUUAUACCUUUAUCGCGAGUGAAUCUGUGCAAUCGAUAUUCGGUCAAGAGCGCGAAUUACCUCACAGGGGUUUAGAGUCUUUUCACACGUAUAUUUCUAUUUUAUUAGUUAAGUGAGCAAGGUGUUCAUAUACGGGGCUUCGGCCCAUUUAAGGGAAUAUUUCCCGACUUGUCUUCACCCGAAAAUGGAAGACCACAUGCGACUCAUAUACGAAUAAUUUCAUAUACGAUUUAUACGAUUCGGGGCCCCGAUAAUUAUAGUGGUACUACGACAUGCGAUCUUCAUGAUCUAUACGAUUAUACGUACAAUACGACAUAUAUGAUCUUCAUGAUCUACCCGAUUAUACGUCUCACUUAAUACGACUUCCACAAAUUUUGUCUAUUUGGGGUUUUUAUGCCGCAAGGCUUUUCCCCACGAGCCAAUAAAUCUUUUAAAAUAUUGGCUCAAAAAUACGCAUUUUUAUUUAACAUUUCCAUUCCUAUCCGAAACCACGAGAUCUCUCCACAAGGAGCGGUUUCGACCCUACAAAAAUCAAUAUGCAUAUACGCAAGUCACAAGUGGCUGUUUGCGACUUCUGUAGACAAGACUUUAUACUUCGUCUACAAUAAGUCGUUAGUCGUUGGUUGUAAGAAAUCUAGCCAAUAACAGUUAAUCUUAGAGAAAAAUAAACAAACAUGAUUGGUUAAAUUUCUUACAACCAACGACUAAUGACUCAUUGUAAACGAGGCUUUAUAUUAACUUGAGCCAAUUUCAAUAAAUAGUGGCACUGUUUUGAUAUCUCGUUUCUGACUUGAGUUUGAAACAUGUUAUAUAUUGGGAAGACGCUUGGUUUGUUCGCGUCGCCAUGCCCCGACAUGAUCCUACUCACUCCAACGCAUUCUAAUAGGUUGACGUCAUCGGAAUCAACGUAUUGGAGUGCGUUGGGGUGAAUAGGAGCAUGUCGGAGCAUGUGACGCAAACAGACCCGCUAUUAACGCUAUCAAAACUGUUCACAGAGCCAAUAGCGCGAAAGCGAUAGCAAACUCCAUGAACGGCAUUAGCGUAGCGUUGGCAUUAUGUGUUAUGGUGCUUACGUUUGCGUUUAGGUAACUUAGGUUAUAUUAUAGUGCUUAUAAUCUAAAGUUACUUAAUUUCGAAAGAAAUUGAAGCGAAUAUUUGAAUCUUUUGAGGGACAUUAAUUAUUUAGGAAUAUAUCGUAGGCGCUAUAAAUAUACUGUUUAUACUAUAAAGAAGCUAUCGAUGUGCUAGUCGAGGUUGAAAACAUACAGAUAGAGGCGAUCGAUCCCGAGCUGAGGAGGCAGCUGCAUCUCACCACCGAGGACUCAAGAUUCGCCGAUUCCAUGGUAAGGCACGUGUCUGAGCCUCGGAAGGAUAUUACUCCCGUAUAUACCGCGGAGAAUCGCGUCAAGCACAAAACUCCAGCAAUCAAACAAUGGAGGCAAAUCAAAGAGAUUUGGUAACAAUAAUAACACUGCAAUGCUCUACGGGAGUUGGUAGAUAUGUCAUCAAGUGACAGCGAUGAUGAACUUGAAAUAUUGGAAAAAAUGUUAAAUAAAAAAAAAAAGUGUUCAGAGUACAAAAUUAUGUUGAAACUGUAGUGCCAUGGUUGACAAAUCAAGAUUUCAAGACUUAUUUCAGGUAUCAGUUACAUAAAUAUCUU